AUGUCUGAUACUGUCAAGAUUGAUCACGAAAUGACCGAGCACAAUGGCAUGCCAAUCGCAGGCAACGGUUCGCCAUUGAGCCGUCAGGUCACUGUAGCUCUGUCUCCCGAACAGUAUGAGCGCCUCUUUUUCCAGCCAUCUGCUCCACGCCGUGGAGAUCUCGCGAAACGGUUCGCCAACCCAACAUUGCUCGGUCUCAUUGGCUUUUUGGUUCCAUAUACUUCAACCAUCUUGAUUCUCUGCGGCUUCCAAGGAGCAGUUGCUCCACAAAGCUUGGUCGGUCUCAGCGCCGACUACUAUUUCUUCGGUGCCUUAGCCAUGAAUGUCGCUGGCAUCGCUGAGUUUAUUCUCGGCAACACGUUUCCUAUGGCAGUUUUUCUCAUAUACGGAAGUCAUUGGGGUAGUCUGGCGUACCAGCAGGAUCCCAUACAUCAAACCACUUCUGCAUUCGGAGAAUUGGGAGGCGCGAAUGGUGCAGCCUAUAACGCAUCCCAGGGCUUCCACAACGUCUCAAUGGUACUCGCUAGCUUUGUCUUCUUGAUAGGAACGCUUCGUGUCAACCUCUUCUUUACCGCCACAUUCUUUGGUCUCGUCAUGCUCUUCGCUUUUAUCGCCGCCGCCGAUUUUUCCGUCGCAUCAGCCACAACAGAAGCCGAUGUUGAACACAUCAACACGUUGCUGAAAUGCGCAGGAGGUUUUGGCUUUCUGGGCUUAAUAUCUGGCUGGUACCUUGCAAUUCUUACCGCUUGCGAAGCCGUGGGAAUUCCAUGCCCACUUCCUGUGUUCGACUUGAGCAGCAAAGUCUUCCCAAAUAAUAAGCCCCAGGAAGGCUAA